AGCGCAUUUCUCUGGUGUGUCUCGAAACGAAGAGUGGUCGGUCACAAGCUUUCGAAGCGGCAAAGAAGUCAUCAUCCUGACAAUCGGUACAACAAAAAGGAAAACGGUUCGUGGAAAACAACUUCUCAGCGGCUCGUUAACGAAUUAUAAUUCAUAAUAUGAGGAUUCUAUUGCCGUUCAUUAUCAUCGCAUCAGCCUUCGGCGCCCGCGAUUUUUUAGACCUUUUUAAGAAUUACGAUAACCCAGGUGGAGAAGAGAUCAAAUUCGCUAAGGCCAAGUACGAUUUCAUCAUCGUGGGAGCUGGAUCAGCAGGUUCCGUAUUAGCUAAUCGCCUGUCAGAGAACCAAAAAUGGAAAGUUCUACUAUUAGAAGCAGGAUAUGCGCAAAAUAUACUCAAUUCAAUCCCGAUAUUGGUCGGUUAUUUCCAAUUGACUGAUUAUAAUUGGGGAUACAAUGUGGAACCUCAGAAAAACGCUUGUUUAGGGAUGAUAAAUCGUCAAUGUUCCUGGCCGCGAGGUAAAGCUUUGGGCGGUACAAGUACUUUAAACUAUAUGAUUCAUACCCGCGGAAACAAGUUGGAUUAUGACAAAUGGGCUAACUUGGGCAACGUGGGCUGGUCCUAUGCGGAUGUUCUUCCAUAUUUUAAAAAAAGUGAAAGAUUUAACGUGUCAGGUGUCAAUGAUUUUCUAUAUCACAAUGAAAACGGUUACUUAUGUGUGGAAUAUGUACCACAUCACACGGAACUGGCGACAACGUUCUUGGAAGCUGGUCGAGAAUUGGGAUAUGAAAUUGUGGAUUACAACGGCGAGGAUCAGAUAGGUUUUUCAUAUAUUCAAGUAAAUAUGGAUCGCGGAAAACGAUGCAGCGCUGCCAAGGCUUAUCUUCAUUUGAAUCGACCGAACUUGGAAAUUAUUACCGGUGCUAGAGUAACCAAAGUAUUAAUCGAUAAAAACAAACGUGCAUAUGGUGUUGAAUACGUCAAAGACAAUGUGUUGACGAAAGUUAUUUGUUCGAAGGAAGUUUUACUAUCCGCCGGUACAAUUGAUUCAGCCAAAUUGUUAAUGUUAUCAGGAAUUGGACCCAGAGACCAUCUGGAGGAAUUAAAUAUUCCAGUGAUUCAGGAUUCUAAAGUCGGUUACAACAUGCAUGAACACAUCGGUUUUCUGGGGCUAACUUUUAAAGUAAAUCAGAGUGUAUCAUUACUACAAAACAAACUCUUAAAACCUAGCGUAUUUCUGGAUUAUCUCCUGAACAAGGAUGGAUUAAUGACGGUUCCAGGAGGUGCCGAGGCGUUGGCAUUCAUCAGAACAAAGUACGCUCCUGACGAGAAACCAGAUGUCGAGCUUCUAUUUGUAUCUGGUUCUAUUCAUUCGGAUAACGGUUCUGUCUUAAAAAAAGCCUUAAGAAUCUCAGAUAAUGUGUACGACACUGUCUUUAAGCCUAUCGAGAAUCAAGAAGCUUGGUCAAUCUGGCCAAUUGUUCAAUAUCCUAAAAGCAUCGGUCGUCUUACGUUGCAAUCGAAGAAUCCGUUUGAGCCACCCAAGAUGGAUCCGAAUUUUUUUAGCCAUCCGGCUGAUAUAGAGAUUAUCCUAGAGGGAGUAAAACACGCAAUCAAUAUAUCCAAGACUGAAGCCUUUCAAGCUUAUGGCAGUGAAAUACACGACAUAAAACUUCCAGGCUGCGAAUCAUUUCAGUUUGCUUCCGAUGAUUACUGGCGUUGCGCCAUUAAACAUCUACCGUCCAUGAUGAAUCAUGAGAUAGGUACUGCUAAAAUGGGACCUCAAACGGAUCCUUCUGCAGUUGUCGAUCCGCAGUUAAAAGUGUAUGGUAUUAAAAGGCUUAGAGUGAUAGACGCUGCCAUCAUGCCCACGAUACCUUCUGGCCAUGCAAAUGCACCCAUAUAUAUGAUCGGCGAGAAAGCUGCGGAUAUGAUUAAAGAAACUUGGAAAAGUGUAUUAUGAGAUUUUUCUACUUUUUUUAUCCAAAAAAAAUUCAAAGAGAAACUAUCUCUAUUAUUGUGUUUAUAUCGUUAAUUAUUAAAAACAUACAUACAUAAGAUAUAUAAGAUGUUUUAAAACAGCCGAUAAUAUUUAAAAAUUAAUAUUUAAAAAUAUUUAAAAAUUAAUAAAAUUAUCAUUUUUUAUUAGUUAUAGGUAUUAAAUAAAAUAUAUUGUUAGAUAGGGCGAGAUAACUCGGCCGCGUUAGAGAAGCGAUUAACGAACUUAUAGUAAACGCUGCGAUCACCUUCUGAUCAUGCAAAUGCAUGUACGGAAAGCAAGAAAGCCACAGAUAUAAUUUAAAUAAUGUGGAAAGAUAUAAGAUCUUUGAUAUGAAUUAUUAAUCAAUUUAUUGUGUGUAAU